AUGUGGUUGCACAGUUCCUCACUGCAAGCCUUCCUACAAGGCACCUGUGCACUCACCCCUGUCCUCCUGUGCAUUGCACUUUGGCUCAGCCCACUGAUCUGCUCUGCUGCGGCAAUUAGCCUCACAGGCUCCCUGUCUGCCAGGCAUUGCUCUCCUGAGAGAGCCCUGCUUCUCGGAGCUGUCGUCGCGGUCUUGGUUCAGGCUCUGCCGGUCUCCGCAAUACCUUCUGGCCCCGGCACUACAGCUCUGUCUUAUGGUUGCACAGCAUCCGGCCUAUCUUGCUUCGCCGGCACGUACACCAGUGAAGUCAGGCCGCUGCCCACCCCGGCCAGGAACGCCCGUCUCUGUCCAGCAGACUUAGGAUCUUUCGGCUCCGCAACUUCCCAGGCCCCUUCCUCAGCUGACGAGGAAGACUUUUUGUUUGAUCUCCUUGACGAUAGAACAUUGCUAGAGUGCAGUGUUCGUCGUUACCAUGUUGAGCUCGAUGCUCUUGCCUGCCUGCUAGUUGCGGAGGAUCUGCGACUUGAACAAGACAGGCCAAGCACUACACCUUUUCGCCUCCAGCUUGCAGAAGUGGUUCCGUUGUCGGACCAUCAGAAAGCCAGCCUUGAGCUUCAAGCUGUCCUGCCAUCCCCGUCUACCACAGCCCAAAUUGAUUGGCUUGACAAUGAUAUCAAGCACCUCUUGGAGGAUCCACACGUUCCACUCCUUGUCCGCACCGCCUUUGUCAAUAUAGAGACAUGGCACGACGAGGUUAGAGGUUGCCCCGAUCACCUCGAAAUAUACUCAGAUGGCUCUGCCUCCAAUGGUCACGAUGAUGCAGGGCCCUGUGCAUGGGCCUUUACAGUUUGGGUUUCUGUCCAAGGCCGCCUCUCACUAGUUGGCCAUGCUUCUGCCGCAGCUGUGCCCACAGGAACUCCCUGUCACCUUGGAGAAACAGAGCAGACGGCUCUCACCGGCGAGUUGCUAGGACUGUGUUGGUCACUCGCUUGGUCAGCUGAGUUCGCACCCUGCUGGCAAGUUCCUGUAUGGCACUAUUAUGAUGCCAUUGGAGCCGGUGCUGGCACGUUUGGCUGUUGUGCCGCUCCCCUCUUCAAAUCCUCGCCUUAUGCCUCCCUUUUUGAACUUGCCACUGUCCUACGACAGGUUGUUGGCAGCCGAGUUGUCCUUCACCAUGCUCAUGUAGCAGGACACUCAGGACACAUCGGCAACGAGCUCGCCGACCAACUCGCCAAAAAGGCGAGGCGCACUUCAGACGAUCCUUGGAAUCUGUGUCUUCCUGGAUGGGUCGCGCAGCUAGCAGCUCAUCCCCUUCGUCUUUGGGCGUGGGCAUGCCAUCCUGUCCAUUCUGAUGUACCUAGCCUCUUCUCUUUUGAAGCCGAGGCUUUGCGCAUGCAGCAGUGUUGUGGUGACCUCUGGAAGGCUCCCACACAAGGGCUCCAUCACUGUCAGGACCAAGGAGGUGACACUGCCUUUGAGCUUUGUCUCAUGUCCUUCAAUGUCCUUACUCUCCUUGACAGAAAGCCCAAAGGCACCACAGCUGAGCACAUAACUGUUGAGGCUGGGAUGCGAAUUAAAGGCAGGAAAGCAGCACUUAAGCAAAUGCUAAGUACUCACUCUCCACACAUAAUCGGUCUCCAGGAGACCAGACUGCCAGCCAGUGAAUCGCAGCACGAUCCCGAUUUCUUUAUUUUUUCGGCACAGGCUGAUGAGCAUGGAAGCGGUGGUUGUGCCCUGUGGAUUGCCAAGGAUAAACCUUACGCCACGCAGCAUGGCAAACCACUCCGUUUUCAGUCCUCUCACUUUACUGUUGUUUCCUGUUACCCGCGCCAUCUCACGGCCACUGUUGCGACACCACUAUUGAAACUUUUUCUGUGUGUGUUGCAUGCCCCAUCCCUCUUCUCCGCUGACCCGUCGGCAGCUGCUGCAUUCUGGGGUGAGCGUGUGCGUGAGAUCUCCUCCAGACCAGAAGGCUGCGAGGUCAUCUGCUUCGCCGAUGCCAAUGCCAGGGUCGGGGACUGUAUUACUGAUUCGGUCGGCGGUCACCACCCCGAAGAGGAGAGCGCAGCAGGGCGUCUCUUCCAUGAUUUUCUUUCACAGGUUGGCCUCUGCGCACCCUCCACUUUCGAAGCGUGCCAUUCAGGGGUAUCCGGGACAUGGCGAGCACCCCACGGACAGUGGCAUCGCAUAGACUAUGUGUUAGUCCCAAGCAGCUGGCGCAUUUUCAACCUCGAUUCCUCUGUCGUCACGGAGUUUGAAGUACUGCAAUUGCGAGAUGACCAUAGGCCAGUUAAGUUGUGCUGCGCCUUUCUGAAAAAGGCCCCACCCACCUCUUACUCGCACACCUCUCGCAAAGCAGUCCGACCAGACCGGCCCAAGGACCAGAUGUCUGCUUUUCUCACCGCACAAGCCUUUGGCAGCAUUCCGUGGCAGCCCUGGUCACUCGAUAUUGACACACAUUUUGAAACCCUGUCUGCUGCUUGGUGCAGCGCUGGUUUGCACCUUACUCCUACCGCCUCCCGGCAGCCACAACAGCCCUACGUCGCGCCUGGCACGCUUGAUAUUGUCGCUUUUCGCAAAAGCCUGCAGGCCUACCUUCGAGAAGGGCGCGCCGAGGCGCGACGACGAUUGCUGAUGUUGGGUUUUGCUGCCCUGGUACUUAAUCAGCAAAACGGGCAGUUCACGGCCCAUGUAGACUACAGCGACGCGCUUGCUGUCGCCCUUUUUAGAUGGUGGGGCAACCGCCUGCGAGACACAGUCGCAGCGGAUAAAAGGGCAUAUCUUCAGGGACUUGUAGAUGAUGCCUCUCAGAUAGGUAUUGGCCGUCCCAAAGAUUUGUACGCCGCCAUUCGAAAGGCCUUUCCUACUGCAAAAUCUUCCCGUCGCAGCUCCCUUGCCCCACUGCCUAUGCUUCUCGACAAACACGGUGAACCCGUUGCAUCGCCGGCUGAACGCGACGAAUGUUGGAGAUUACAUUUCGCAGAACAGGAGGCUGGCACUCUUGUCAGCGAAGCUGUCUACGUCGAGAAAGCCCGGGAGCAAAGAUCCUUCUCCAAGCAAGUUUUUGACAUUGGGGUUCUUCCAAGCCUAGCGAUCGUUGAGCAAGUGCUCUUGGGCCUUAAGAAUGGCAAGGCCGCGGGUGCCGACAGACUCACAUCUGAGCUGUUAAAGUUGGCGCCUGCAAAUUCGGCCAGGCGCCUUCUGCCAAUCAUUAUGAAAGCCUCCAUGUCUCUGAGAGAACCCGUUUCUUGGCGCGGAGGAGACCUCAUUUUGCUUGCCAAACGUGCCGGGCAAAAUAUGACCUGUGAGGGAUUCCGCUCCAUUCUCAUUGCCAGCAUUGCAGGUAAGGCAUAUCACCGCUGUGUCAGGUUUCAGAUUUUGCCGUUUCUCCAGGCCACACAGCCAGACCUCAUGGCCGGAGCAGUAGAAGGCAUCGGAAUCGAAGUUCCAGCACUUGCCAUCAAAUCUUUUCAGCUCUGGCAGCAAGGACUCAGGCUUCCCUGGGCUGUCGUUUAUUUUGACUUGCAAGCGGCAUACUACCAAGUGCUCAGGCAACUCGUUGUGAAGCACUCCGGCUCAGAUGCCGCUUUGCUUGCCCUCCUCCACCGCCUGGAUGUCCCGGCCCAUGCGGUGCAUGAGCUGUACGCAAAGCUUGACAAGCUCGCAGCUCUUCCCAACCUUGAUGCAAGUGAUCACCUUCAGUCUGUUGUAUCAGACGUUCUAUCUGGAACUUGGUUCAGGCUCGACGGAAGGGCCUGCCUUACGGCCACUGCCCGUGGCACUAGGCCAGGCGAUCCACUUGCCGAUGCAUUGUUUUCUUUGACAUUGUCGGCUUACUUGAAGUCGGCCUUGGAGUGCCUUAGACAAGCCAACUUACUUGCCGAUGUCGAUUGCCCUACCGACUUCCCCUUCUGGGCAGAAUCCUCAGGGCCAGUCAUCGGGGCCCCAUCGUGGGCGGACGAUUACGCGCUUCCUCAAACAGGGCCAACUCCAGAGGCCCUCCUUCAACGGGUUUCUGCCAGUGUCAGGAUCAUUGUCGGACAUGCACGCAUGGUGGGCAUGACUAUCAAGUUCGGCCCGGAAAAGACAGCUGCCCUGGUCUCCUCAGCUGUAGACCGUACACGGCACCCUGUCAUCUGCCAGGCUGCCGAUGGCACCUACUAUCUACCAGUUGACGACACCCUGGGGGAUAAGAUCCACCAUCUGCCAAUUGUUGAAGCAUACAAGCACUUGGGAGGUAUCACUACCUCCAACGGGUCGCCUGCGCCCGAUUUGCAUUUCCGUUUUGCAAAAGCCUCUGGCUUCGUUCGGAGAACUCUUUUGCGCUCCUUGACACUGUCAAAGUACGUCCACACAGGGGCAGCGCUCAUCCUGCAUGCUGCCAUCCAUUUGCGACAGUGGGACAGGCAGUACAUCUCGCUUUGGCGCUACCUCUGCCGGCGUACUGCCGACCCAAAACAGGAACAUCCGUACAAAGUGCUCCUUCUUGCUAAGGCUCCCCCUCCACCGCUUGCACUAGCCAAAGCAAGAGCCCGGUUUCUCUGCCGGUUGUUUGAGCGAGGUCCCAAAGCCUUGCUGCGCAUCUUGUAUGCACAUUGGCGCCAACAUCCAGCCUCUUCAUGGCUCUGUCAGCUUCAGUCGGAUGUGGCAUAUGUCAAGCAGUACUGUCCGGACUUGGAGUUCUUUCUCCCCUCCGGGGACGAGAUCAUCAGUCUUCUGGACGCCUCAGUCGAUUCCCCGUCAUGGUGGUCGCAGCAAGUUGCCAAAGCUGAGCGCCCCUGA